AUAUAUAAAGCUGCCAUUUUCUCGAUUCAACAAACAGUUCCUCCUCAACGCGACCGCAAUGUCGAUGAUCUUGCUGUUUCUGGCAUUUUUCUGUAGUUACGGGCUAACUGCAGAAACAAACGAAACGAAACAAAAUAAACGAGGAAUACCAGAAUCUGGUGGAUGGGUUGGAAUACCAAAUCCUUACGGAUACGGACAUGGACACCCGUGGCUUGGUAGUUCAGGUUGGAAAGGACUCAAGUUUUCUCCCUUUGAUUUAUCUCAUGGAGGAUUACAUGGUGGACUGUCAUACGGCAGAGUACCAGGUAUUUCUUUACCAAUCGGAAGGCCCGAAUUGUUGAAAACAUUUCCAGUGUACAUAACAAAGCACGUGGUCCUGGAAAGGCCAGUUCCUGUUCCAGAGCCAGUUUACAUCGAGAAACCGUAUCAUGUGCCAGUACCAGUCGAAAAAAUCAUUCACAAACCGGUCCCGGUUCCCAUUCCGGUACCUGAGGCAGUUCCGGUUCCGGUGGAACGCCCGGUUCCGAUACCGGUGAAGCACCCUGUGGCGGUGCCAGUGCAACAACCGUAUCCAGUCCCGGUGAAACAAGCGUUUCCAAUACCGGUUCCGGUCCCAGUUCCGAUUCCGAUCCAUCCACAUCCAGUCCCGUUGAUCGGCGCAGGCCCAGUUGCCGCGGCUGCGUACGACGGUAGAGGUUAUGGCGGCGGCCACUUUUAUCCCCCGUUGCCCGCGCACUUCCCUCACAGUUACGGCCACGGAUUCGGCCACGGAUUCGGCCACAGUUUUGGCCAUGGUUUCGGCCAUGGUUUCGGCCACGGUUUUGGCCACGGUUUCGGCCACAACUACGGUCACGGCCACGGUUACGGGCAUUUACAUCACGUGUAUGCUCACGACUACGGUCACGGACACGACCACAAGAAACGAAGCAAGAAUUGAGAGGCCGGUUCUCCAGAGGGAGACCCCUUCACUGAAUCAGGAUUUAACAUCAGGACCCUCUUGCAUAACAAUUUAGUAAUCGAUAACGUCGCGGAUUGUAGGUCACGAACUUUUAUUAUUUAAUAAUCUUACGUGAGACAGAUAGUGAUUGGAAAUGUAAAAUUAUUACGUUUUUUAAGUAUAAAUACACUUAAGCAAAGUUCGUUCUAACACGAUUAGAGUAAUGAAUCGUAAAGUUAUUGCAUUAUUCGCUAAGUUGUUUGAAGGAAAUGCUAUUGUAGAUCGUAAAUGUUUGUGCAUUUAAUACACAAAAAAUUGAAAAAUUCAAAAAUGUAGAAUCAAAUAUUAAGAUUUUUACCUCUUUCGUUUUAUUUGCGAAAAUCUGAAUUUGCAUAAACAUUUGUGGCCCAGAAAUCAACGCAACAACCGUCAACCAAAUAUUACGUCUUUUCCCCUGACUAAUGACUCUAAAAAAGAGAGAAUUUUUUUAAUUAUUUAAAUUUAUAACAACUUAUUCGUCUACUUACAGAGAUUUAAGAUUUUCUGGUUAAUUUUCAUAAAUUACUCGACGAAUACUGUCUUCCUUAUUCGACAAUCUUUUCAUUUUUGAAAGUAUGUUAAAAUUUUUUUUUUAGCUCGAAAGUAAAAUUACACACAUUAUACAGAGUGUUUCGAAAUGACUAAAUGUUUUGAACAAAAUGAAGAGAAACAAAACCUUAAUUUCCUUCAGUUUCAAAAUAAUAGAUAGGUUAUUUUAACUAAAGAGGGCAGAAUGUACCAACACACGUCACGAAGUUCAAACGAAAUGAAGCUUAUUAGUAUAGAGAUAAUUUAAAAGAAUUAAGUAUAAAAAUUUAGGAAAUAAGUGUUACUGCGUUUGUUAACAGUUACUAGAUUUGUUAAUUUAAUGUAACAUUUUUAUACACAUAUUCUGUAAAAAUAUGAUUUUUUUAAUAAUCCGUUCAAUAUAUAAUAAUAGUACUUACGUAGACAUUUACGUGUCGAAGUAAUACACUG